GCCAAACUCGUGAUGUCAUCAAUUGCAGUGCUCUCUUUUACUUCCGGUAGGGCAAAAUGGCUGCUCGUAAGAAGGUUACCAAGGCCCCCUCCCGUAUGAUCACCAAGGACAUUGGUGGUGAUAAAAAUGGCGGGAAAAGAACAGUUCGGAUCAACCGCAUGUCAAGGUACUACCCAACUGAGGACAGACCAAGAAAGUUGAGGACUACCAAGACUGCCUUCUCCUCUCACAAGCACACAAUCAGGCCCACCAUCACACCGGGAACUAUCCUGAUCAUUGUAGCUGGACGUCACAAGGGAAAGAGGGUUGUGUUUCUUAAACAGCUUUCCUCUGGCCUUCUUUUGGUAACAGGUCCCUUCCAUCUCAAUGGGUGCCCUCUGCGCAGAAUCAACGAGAUAUACGUGAUCGCAACAAAGACAAAGGUUGACAUCAGCGGUGUGAAACUGCCAGACAGACUGAAUGAUGCCUACUUUAAGAGACAAAAGCUCAGGCGCCCUAGACACACAGAGGGAGAAAUCUUCGAUACCAAGAAAGAGGUUUAUCAAGUCAGUGACGAGCGUAAAGAAGACCAGUUGAAUGUAGAUAAACAAGUCCUUGAUGUUAUCCGAAAGAACAAGGAGAAGAAAUUGCUGUUUGGUUACAUCGGUGCGAUGUUCUCUCUAGGGAACAAACAGUUUCCUCAUGAAAUGAUCUUCUAAAUUAUAUGUGUAAAGUUCUUCACGCCAGAUAAAGAAAUUACAAGAAGUA